UUUCUAAGUGGAAUUACUUCGUUAUAUGAUUGGGUUUGUACAUGAAAAGUUCAACACCUAAGAGUGCACCUGAAUAAAAAUCUGUUUUUAAAAAACGGCUAAAAUUGGUAUAGGCCUAGUACUGCAAUAUAGAGACUAUAUUUCUAAAACAAAACAAAAAACUAAAAUUAAAACAAAAAAACCCACCUGUUUGAUGCUGUGUUUCUGUUUUCAGACGUGGUUGGAUUCCCGCUUGAAUUGGACAGAUAAUAUUCUGUACAAUAAUGAUAUCCAGGCCAUUUACAGCACAGAGAGUACAGUUUUCACUCCUCCCAUUGUGGUGGAAAAUUCAGUCAGUGAUUUAGGAUUGAUCAGAGAUCUCACUCUACCAAUAGAAAUUCUUAAGACUGGGGACAUCACGUGGACCCCAGGUGACGUCUAUGACACGUCAUGCGACAUCGAUACCACAUACUAUCCAUUUGACGUGCAGACGUGUGUCAUCACGCUGACAACUAGGGGUUACUCUAAUAACCAGCUAUCUCUAAAGCUGGGGGGAAAUCCUAUUGUGCAGAGUGCGUACCAAGAGAACGGCGAAUGGACAUUAGUGACAACUUCUUCGUCAACUUCAAUUGCACAUCAUGAUUUGGUUCCUUACUCGCAGAUCAACUUCAGCUUUACUUUCAAGCGUCGUAUUGCAUUCCAUUUGAUGAACACAAUCAUCCCUAUGGUUUUAUUAGUUUCUAUGACCUGCUAUGUAUUCAAAAUUCCGGUCGAUGCUGGAGAGAAGCUUGGGUAUUGUUUGACUGUUUUGCUGGCGUUUGCCGUCUACCUGACUCUGGUCUCUGACAACAUUCCUACAACGUCUACACACAUCUGUUAUCUAUCCGUGUACCUGAAUGUGAUGCUCGCCUUUGGUGUCACGUCGGUGCUUUUGACGAUUCACAUCUUGGACAUUCACUUUAAGCCGGAAGACAAAAAAAUCCCUGGGUAUUUUCGAGCCUUUAUGAAGUUUUCAUCAAGAGUUUGUUGUUGGCAUGAAGCCAAAUGUUGUAAUAAAGGUCACACGGAGGUUUCUGUCAUUGCUGUUACUGAAAAGGAAAAUGAAGUGAACAGAAAAAAUUCUGACAUAGAAAACACUGAAGAAUCAUUUACUUGGCAGGAGAUAGCCAAGAAAAUGGACGAGUUUUUAUUUUUCAUGUAUGCCUCUAUAUUUAUAGUUUUUACUGUGAUAUUUGUAAUCAUCAUGAUGAUUGGUUCUUCAAUGUAA